AUGAGGCAUCUCUUUGCCUUCGAGAUAACUGCAGCAGCGGCGCAUUUUUUCCCAACCGCACAUGGUCAACAGCUGGGUUUCAGAUAUCCGUACGAGACUAUGACUUUAAGUGACAGCUGCCUGCGCAUGUUGAACACAAACAUCACAGAAUGUUCGCCCGGACUGUUCUACCACGGCCCUAAUCCUGAUCUGAUAUUUGAAAUACUUGUGGAUGAAGAGUUGGCCGAGAUUUGUCACGAAAAUUGCUACAACAGCUUGAUGGAGCUCCGGCCGAAGAUUGAGGCCGCAUGCAACACGGAUAUGGAUGCUGUGGCAUUCCUUUAUGAGGACAAAAUUUUCCCACCAACAUACAUGGUCGAUUUACUACUCCUUUCAUUCAAUAUAUAUUGCUACCGAGAUAGAGUUACUGGGAAAUUGUGUCAUCUUCAACUUGCGGAAUGGCGAAUCCAUCGCGGAUCAGGCAAAGCACUCGAAUGCGAGGACUGUUUGUUGGCGCCACUGGGGAUAGAAUUGGAGGCAGGUAUAAGUUACAACGAUGAAGAUGCAUCCGAGUUUGAGGAGAUGACAUCAAGUUGCAAUGCUACAGGGUACGACUACACAAAACCUGCUCCAUAUGCGACAACACUGUCGACUGAGUCUUGGUCCACAAUGGUGAAGGGUGCAUCGGCAAUACCUACACCUUGAUACAGUAU